ACCAAUACGUAUCCCACAAUGCUUUGCUCUUCAAAGUGUGAGCGCGAAUGACACCACGUACUUUGUUCGGAUGUUGGCCACUGAAAGCUCAUUUCCACGACAAGAAAGUACACGACACGUGUUCGAGUGGAGACAAGCAUUUAUGUUGUGUUCUUGGUGGUGAACACUUUUGAACACCCGUGUCGGGAUAGUGCCAAAGCAGUCGUCUUGAGAGUUAGCCUGUGCUAACUGGCCACACACACAAGGGGAGUCUUGUUGCUGAAAAUGUCAUUAAUGGCCACAGGCAACAGCAGCACAGUUCUUCAAGAUGUUGUUGCCUACGUGGAUGUGUGGUCAUCUGACAAAAGAGCCAACUAUUCAAAAACUUUCAUUCAGCAGCUACUGCAAAUGGGCGCUCAGGUAGCAAAAAAAUUCAAUAAACAAGUAACGCAUGUGGUUUUUAACAACGGUCAUCUUGCCACAUGGAUGAAAGCCAAAAAGAGGGAUGUGAAGCUCGUCUCUGUUCUGUGGGUAGAAAGAUGUCUUGAUGAUGGUGUGCUGGCGGAUGAAGAGUUGUAUCCUGCCUUAAACGAUGAAACCAAUCAAGUGUUAAAAAACAGGAAACAUCGUUGCAUGCUGCCCAAAGACCGUCCAGUGAGAACGCCAGAAAAUGACAGACGCAUGAAGAAGAAGUUUGACGAGUUGAUGAAAAACAUGGCUCCCAAGCAAACAUUAUUCAUAGAUGAUUCACCUAUCAUCAUUGAUGAAGAGAAUCGAAUUGUGUACAGCCCGAGUUUUAAAGCAUCUGAUUAUAUGGCAGAGCGCUUGAAACACAUGAAAGACAAAAAUGAAAAUAUCGCACCCACAGCCUCGCCAAUGUCUUCAUCUGGAGUGAAGCCGUCACUGGGGAGCUCACCGACUGCCUUCAGUUUUUUUUAUGAAAACUGCGCUCAGGUUUCCAAUGCAACUGUUGCUGAGCCUGGUCACUCAUCUGACAAGACAAAAGAUGGUAAAGAGAGCAAUAGUACAGAGCAGGACAAACUUGACAAACCCCUUAACAAAGACUUUGAAAAGCCAUGGCUCUCACCCUGUCGUGACAUUGUAAUACACCGAUCCAUUAGUCCUUUGAAAUAUCCUGACUUGAUGAUCAGUGACGAGGAAAAUAAGACGCCAAAGAAGGAAAGGAUGGCUUCCGGAACAAAAUCCGAAACAAAGAAACCUAAAUCUGUGGGUGUAAUACAGAGUCUUGUGGAAGAGAUGACUUACACUGAUGGGAAGGAUGCUAGGAAAAGUAAGAUGAGGUCACAGAUGCAAUCUAGCAGCUCGAGAGAUGAGUUUGUAAAGGAAUGGCCAAAUAUUCAACCGUUUUGCACAGAGAGAAAGAACACCAAUUCUCCUGAAGCUGUCAGCUACUCUGGUCACAUGUUGGACGACACAAUAUAUAAUGACCAAUCAUCACCACAGAACAAGGGAACACGAGGCACACUCUCGCUCUCUGCGCUUGGACCUUCUUUUAGUUUGCCCAGCAAAUCUCGCAAUAUUGCUUCAAAUUCCCUUGAUGAAGAUGUGUUUGAUGACCUCUCAGCAAAUCACUACAAAAAGCCCGAGAGACCACUCUUGCCCAGGGAUUUCAACAUCCCUUCUGAGUUGGACUUUGUCCUCAAGAAAAGUAAACAAAGGAGAUCGGAAGGUGCUGCAAACCCUAACCUUGAAUCGAAUGUGUCCAAGAAGAGGAAAAGAGAGGAUAGUAAUCACAGUUGUGCUCCACCGUCAGUUGCAAAUUUCUGUCCAGCACAAGAUGUCAAAGAGAAUCUGCCUGCGUUUGAUCAUCCAAAUGAUCCCCGAACACUGUCUCCAAUAAAGCGAACAGAGAGGACGACCACCUUGGAGCUGGAAAAACACUCUGGUGUUUGUCAGUUUUCUCACACUUUUCGAAGCAGCACAAGCGAACACAAGGUCGCAGUUGCUUCAACGCAGAGACCCGAUGAAGGCCAGGAGAAACCCAAUCACGACCUCUGCUCUAUUUUUCAGAAAAUCAACAAAGUAAAGUCAAGAAGGACACUAGUCAUGACGAGCAUGCCUACAGAGAAGCAGAACAUGGUAGUUCAGGUGGUGAAAGCAUUGGGUGGCUUUUCUAUCGCUAAUCAUGUUUGCGAGAGCACAACUCACGUGGUUUCUGGGGAAUCCCGACGGACUCUCAAUAUUUUGCUGGGCAUUGCUCGCGGCUGCUGGAUCCUCUCUUUUGAAUGGAUUCUGUGGUGUUUAGAGCAAAGGCAGUGGAUUCCCGAGGAACCGUAUGAACUUUACGAGCAGUUUCCAGCAGCACAGAUCAGCCGUCUUCAGAGGCAUCUAUCUUCUGGGGACCACCUCCAGCAGGACCUGUUCCAGAACCAACCGCCCAUGUUUGUGUCCCAGAAUUCCCAGCCACCUGCUCCCAAUUUGAUAGAGCUGAUCGAGCUAUGCGGGGGGACAGUCUGCAAAACUGUGCGUCAGGCUGGAAUCUGCAUAGGGAAGUACAGCGGCAGGCGACCAGUGGAAAGUAGGAUUCUGUCUGAGCAGUGGGUGCUUGACAGCAUCACAAAUUUGAAGCUGAUUUCAUAUGAUAAUUAUGACUUGGCAUAAAAGCUGCUGAAUAUGCUGCACGCACAUCUUCAGUUUCUGCUGUUCAUCUUUCUUGGGAAAUUUGUGCUGUAGUACUAAACUGUAUUUACUCCAAUACAUCCUUCUAAUGCAGUUCUAGUGCAUCAUAAAAUACCUCUGUCAUCUCGAUGAUUACUUUCUUGUAAAAAGGUAAUGAGUUUUGAUCUUAUGAGAACUGUGAGAUUUUCAAAGUGUGCUAUUGUUUUUAAAGUGACAAUGGUUAAAUGGUAAUCCAAAUUGAACUCUUGCUUAGUGUGGGCAACAUUUUUGGUUCGCCUACCAAAAUAGGUGCACUUACCAAACCAAAUAUAAUCAGUCUCAGAGAAGUUAAUGUUUGCAGUCGUAAUGUAUGUUUUAAACGAGUUCUUUGCGCAGUAUUCUCAAAAUUCUCAUAAUAUGUGGAAACACUGUCUUUAAUUGUGAUUUGAAUUCCAGUAAACUGAUGUGAUAUGUCUA